GCGGCCAACUCUCAGUGAACGACCACUGAGUAGUGGCUAGUGAAUACCGACAGUUGGAUUUGCGCAGGUGGCGAUGCUGCUUGUCGGACGCAUGCGUUGCGCCGCGAUCCCGUUAAUGGACACUGACAGAUCCAAGUUUUAUUUUAAAUAAAUUAAAAUUAUGGGACACCCCAUACAAGAUUAAGCUUUUCUUAUAUAGGAAGUGAAUAAAAGUGUUGAAAUUACCAAUUGCUUAAACGAACGUUUGAGAAUUAAUUAAUCGAUCUUAAUUUUACGUUCUCAUUCUCGAUUUUAGUGUAGCCGUUGGAACUUGUAUAUUUACUAUUGAAUUGAACUAUAAAAGGAUCAGAGGUAGUUUCCCAUGAAUAAAAACAGGUCCUAGGUUUUGUCUCUCGACUCGUGUUUUUGUGGUGUGUUUAUUACGGGAGUAGGUUUGGCCGUAUAACCGUUUAAGAUGUGUGAGUGAAGUAAGCUCUAACUGAAGCUGUGUUUCUUGUCUAUAUGGUGUAUGUGAGGAGCGUGGAGCGGUGUGCAGUAACCGAAUGAUGCCCCCUGCGCGCGCGCAUUCGCCGACAUGGCCGCACUCUCCUGUUACCAGCCCUGCAGGUCGCAUCUUGCCCAGCCCGCUAGGUGUUUAGACGACUACGAAGAGCAAACGGCGACUCUCUCGCUUCGUCGAAGGCAGUUUAUAGAGAGAUGUCACGACGUGCGGUCAGGACGGCACGGGGACUUCAUACCUGAGGUUUCAGUGAAGAAGACGAGGGACGAGCUGGCCAAGUAUGCGGCACGGGCAGCACCGGCGAGGCGACUGAAUGUCGAGUCCGGGUGGUCCAAGGUCGAAGAAGUCAGGAAGAAGUUCGAAGGUGCAGCGGCGGCGGCUUCCUAUUCGAGGUCGUUCGAGUCCCCUCCUAGACGUCGGCUAGCCGACUCCCUCUUUGCGAGUUUCAAGCUUCCGCGCAAGAAAGAGAUGGCGGCGCCUCGCUCCCUCGCCCUGCAGCCGCAACAGAAACGCAAGUCCGCGGUGGAGCUGCUCGCCGAGUCGAAGGCAUUCUACGUCAAGUCGGAGACCGUGCUGGAUCGGAAACAGGAGUUGCCCUUGAGGGUGAGCAGUGGAUUGAGCCAGGCGAUAGCGGCCGGAGGGUGUCACCUAGUCAGUUCCGGGACACUCGACAACGACGCCUGCUGCAACCCAUAUGCUACCACCAGGAUCAGCAGCAGACGCGCGGUGAGUGCGGGGGAAGGGCUUCAGAAUACUCUGAGGAGACUCCUCGAACACGCGGAUAGUCGGGAAAAUGUCUACUCCCCUCCUUAUGCCUGCCAAAAACCCUUCACGGAAAUUCGUCGCGUCAAAGAGCCGUACACGGAGAGGGACUCGUCUCGCUCCCAGCACACUUCGGGCACCUUCUCGGGGACCUCCUCGUCCGGCACGUCCGCCUCCAAGGACAAGAGGCCGCUCAGUUUCGGGGACGCCAGGGUCUUCUUUCCGGAGUCAUUCGUUAUCCCGAGACAGCGGGCCAGCGAAGUCGUGAUCAAGAACGCUUAUUCGAUACCGAGUCCUCAGUCCAGUCCGCACGAGCCGAGGCGGGAGAUGUCCCCUCGCGGAGAGCAACUGGACACCAUCAGCCCGCCCGCGGAGUACGCUCAUUCGGCACCCAGGUAUAUUAGAUCGAAUUCCCACUCUCAGCCGAGUGUCCGCGAAGAGGACGGCAACACCAACAUCAACAGUCAUAAAUCGCUGCCGGACCUGCACGCUCAAACGCACGGAUACCCCGAACGCGUGAGCGUGGUGGUGGGGACGGAAUCGAUCGGCCGAUCUCCGAGGAGACGCCGUCAUUCGGCUCACCACAGAACCGCCUCGUGCUCUUCCAAAGGCACCAGGUCCAACCAUUCGUCGCUGAUGUCUUCGUGCGAUGCGUUCUCGGAGCAUCCGUCACCGGGCGAAGAAAACUACCAGUCCUACAAUAGCCGUUGCGGUUCGUCGUUCGCGCGCGACUCGGGCGGGUCCAGCGGCCACUACACCCAGCGCAGCGCGCCCCCUCUCGCCAGAGACAACUCCGCGCCCCACGAGUCGCUCGACCCUCGCAGACGCUACGCGUGUCCCCGGGCCCGCGAGUCAUCUCUGGAGCAGUGCUUCGUGUCGGCCCCUCCACAGUUCCAGGACGGGGCUCCGUCCCCGCCCCCCGGGCCGCUCUACUCGUCGCAUCCCAGGGUGGGGAUACACUUCCAGGCGAGUGCGCCCCCUCCGCAGUUCCAGGACGAGCCCUUCUACGACCGCUCGUACAGAGCGCCCCUCAAGUGCCUCUCGGUCGGCAGGAAGGACUUCAUCGCGAGGGAUCAUCCGAGGUACCAGGAGGCUCCCGCGGAGGUGGUCAGCAAACAGCCUCAGUACCAAGAGGAGAUGUACCGGAUGAGACCGAGAAUUGACGAUACCCAGGAAUACGUCAACGCUCCACCGCAGAUCUGUCAAGCGGAGGAGGUGACUUCGCCUCUGGGGACUUUCAAACGCCAGAGAUGCCUCCGGUACAAGCAGAGGCGACCUCGGCCCAUUCUGAGGUCCAAAUCGGACAUUUCCGACAGAUACCGUCGCUCCGACGGGCGCAGCUCCGCAUCGGCCCCGUGCGAGGGCGAAGACUCCCCGGACAGUCCGUCGGAGGAGUCCCGGCUGCAGGUGUUCUUCGACCGUUUGGGGCUGGAGUCCCGGACGUACGACGCGGUCAUUCGAGACGAGGACCCGGACAGCCCGGUGUUCUUCUCCUCGGCCUCCACGGUCGACUCCAAUCAACUCGCCACCACCGACUACACGGUGCAAGGGCCUGCGGGCGCGCAGAAGCCCAUUUACCGAAACACGGAACCGCCGAGCGUCGUCGAGAGGAACGCCAGAAUCAUCAAAUGGCUCUGCCAGUGUCGGAAGGUCCAAAUGCAGCCUCCUCAGUAACUUCGCGUGGCGACACCCCCGUAAUGUAAAUAGCGUUGAAGAACUUUUCUCAUUCGAAUAAUUUGACUCUCAGCCUAGAGAGUUCGUUUCGCAUAAACUUUACUCGAUUAAUGUAAUGAUAUAAUGAUUUUCGUGUCGAUGACGUUGCAGUGUCGUCGGAGUUCACAUACGUACUGGUCUUCAUAAAGCUAAGGAAGUCUGUUCACUAGUUUAGGAAACGAUUUCAAAAAUGACUCGUUUAGGUUUAAAAACGAUCUCUUCGAUUUAAAGGAAUCAAUGGAGGACUCCGCUUAGAUUAAUUCAAGUGAUUAGUAUGACGCGUUUAUUGACAUGAGCGAAUGCGAGGGGCUUAGAUCUUGGCAAUUACGGCUCCGUUAUUCAGUCGAGAGAGCGACUUUCUCUCAUCUGUGUUCCGUUUGUCUGUUAAAAAUUACUUGGGUUAAUUUUUAUUUAUCAAUAACACGCAAAGCGUACGAUCUAUCUGUGUAUAUGUUCCUCUCGUGGAUUACACCCAAAAUGGGAAAUGAGUUGAAAGUAUUUUCGUGUUGUCGUUUUUAAAAAUUGCAAUUGUCCAUCGAAUUUCCUAAAAAUAUUUAAGAAUUAAUACGAAAGAACAUAUUUUGAACGAGAUAAGUAUUUUCAUAAGCUUGAUAUUAAAGGGAUUGAUGUAGCACCGAGACAAUAUUUUUAUGAGUGAUAGAACAAAUUUUAUGAUAUAUCAAACUAGUAUUGUUGGUUUGUCUCGAGAAAAAGCUACGUUAACGAGCUACGAUAAACGUUUACAUUUCGUUAACGUAUAUUACGUAGCACUUGAACCACGAGUUACUUAAGUAAUGCAAUAAACUCUCAGAAGUUCUAUUCAAACCCACAUUUUACGCUAUAAGUCAACAGUUAGAUGAUAAACACGUUAAAAUAAACUAUCUAAAGUAGUUACGAAAGUAGCAUUUUAACCAGUUUCUUAAUCUUUCAAUAUUAUUCGUUUAAAAAAUAUAUUUCUAGAGAAUUUCAAGAGUCUUUCGACUUUUUUAUUACACUACAGGUCUAUGUCUAUAAGUACGUGUAAUCGGUUUGUUAAAAUUUAUUAUUGAUAUUAUUGUAAGAAAAUGUGUUCAAUAUUCUCUGAACUUCGUACUUGUCAUCUCCCCUGAUCGAUGCGAACAAUCCUCAAUGCAUUUGUUAUUUAGACGUAUAAUUAUGCUAAGAGACUGCCAUUUUCUCUUCCACUGUGAUAUGGUUGUAAAUUCUCGAUUUUGUUUUCUUUUAUUUUUGUGUUUUUCACUGAGAACAUUUCAAUAUGUUGAUGUUUGCACAAUUGCAAUAGUUAAUAGUCCAAGUGGUGGACAAGGACCUUUAAACAAAAACAGUUCGUCUCUUUAAUAUUUGUUUUACAAACGAGCCUUUUAAUAUUACGAUUUUGUUUGUAUUCAAUUUAAAAAAUAAUAUCUGUUUUGUGUGUGAUUAUAUGCAAAUGUAUGUUCAUACUCCACCACUUAUAUUUGUGUCGACGCAACAAGACUAAUUAAAAUGUAUUUUGAUGUUAACCAUAAUUUAGGUUUGCAUAGAGGUAGGAUUAUGGUGUAUAACUAUGUAGGUCUAAUUUCUUUAAUGUGUAAUUAAAAUGGUUAGCGUUACAGUAUUAGAUCGUUUAGCAUUCGAUGCUUCCGUUUUGUGUAAAUAAGAUUUACGUACUUUGUUAGAGAUUUAUCGAGCAAAAAUAUAUUGUGGUCUGAUGAGAUGUAA